UUUUUAUUGCUCUUCUUUACUCAAAUCUUCUCUACCCAUCACUGUAUUCGCCUCUUACUCCUCUUCUUCGCUUUCCUAUUAAUCAGUUAUAAAACUUCCCUACAAAUGGCGCGCUUAUCCACCCUUCUGUUGGCCAUUGUGCUUACUUUCAUUGGCAUAUCCUACGUGCAAGCAUGCGAAUCAGCAUGUCGUACUGAUCCUGUCGAGUUUUUGGCCAAGAAAUACGAGGAUAUGCUGCAAAAUCAGGUCAAGAAAGUCAAGGACUCUAAGGCUUCUGCGAAAGCCAAAGCAUUGAUUCCUACAGUGAUGUCUCAAUUGAAAGGACGUGGCAAGGUCAUUGACAAGACCAUUUUUUCGGUGUUCCGUGGAACAUGCGUCCCCGCAGGUGUAGGCAAGCGACCGCCCAGCGAGCUCUGUGGAAGUGCCAAGAGCAUUGCCUGCUAUGCUCCUUGGGGCCAUAAGCAGGGAGUCUUUGAUAGUGUCAAUAAAGCUGUCAUGAAGACUAUUCAGGAUGUUUACAAGAACCAGAACGCAGCCAUCAAGUCGGCGAUGAUCGAUGACACUGCCAAGUUCUGUCCUAAGAACUGCAAGGAUUGGGUUAAGCCAUUCCAAGCCAUCAUGCUUGGCUGGGAACAGCGUGAGCACCCUAAGGAGUACAAGGUCACCCCCAACUGCCUUCCUCUCGGCAAGGGUGGGAUCUAAAAUACCCAGUCUCACAUUCCCCAGCUCCCUUUGUUAAUAGACUUGGUACAUCAUUCAUGUUCCUAAUUCUAAUUAUCAAAGAAAAGAAACAAUUUAGCAUUUAUCGAAAAUAUAUUGCGUAUCAACAGGAUAGAUUAAAUAAAAUAGAUUAAUAUAUACAAAAG